GCGUAUAAUGACCGGUGCGGUAAUUAAUACAGACCAUAUAGAACCGCGACAGUUUUUGGAAGACGCCUGCAGCGUCGUGUGCAAGCGAGUGCGAGACAUUAUAAAAACACAUAACUGUGUCAAAGCAAACACCGCGUUCAACGGGGAGUUUGUGGCGGGUGAUAAACGUGAUAAAAUAAGAGUAUAUGUACAAAUAACAUAGAACUCUGUGGUACAUCGCACUUGCGCGAGUGGUACGAGCUACACGUUAUCGAGCCCACAUUAGCGAAACUCGAGGAGUUCCAGGAACGCGACAGUGGGUGGGCGUUGACUCGAAUCCUCAAUUUGACGGUGAGCGUCAACAAGUACAAUUCUUUGCGCGCGGGGUAUCACUUGGAAUUGCCUAAAGACAUUAAAGUUAAGCACGCGGUGAUCAAUGUGCUGUCUAUGGACAAUGCGUGUUUUGCGUGGGCCGUGACGGCUGCUCUGCAUCCAGCCGAAAAAAAUUCAGAACGGGAAUCUUCAUACCCGCUUUAUUCAAGGGUACUGAAUUUACAAAACAUUGAGUUCCCAAUGACGUUGAGUCAAAUUAAACAGUUCGAACAACUCAACGAUAUAUUCGUCGAUGUCUAUACCAUCGAGAAACAGAAGACUUCAAACGUUCUCCCGAUACGGCUUACCGACCGCACGAUUGAUAAAAAACAUGUGAAUCUACUGUACAUGCAGGACCCACGAGACAACAACGUGGGACAUUUCGCGUGGAUUAAGGAUCUAUCCCGUCUCGUGAGCUCGCAAUUGAGCAAGAAAAAAAAAACAAAAAAUACUUUUGCGAUCGAUGUCUUCACUACUUUUGUUCGAGCGACAAGUUGCAGUCUCACACUGUGGAAUGUCGAAAGGUAAACAAAUGCGCAAUCCGACUACCGAGCGAAGACAACAAGUGGCUCAGCUUCAAGAACCACAGCAGGAAAGAGCGACUUCCCUUCGUGGUGUACGCCGAUCUAGAGUGCGUGCUGCAGAAGACACAACCGGAGACGGAACACGCGUCAUACGCCUAUCAACAUCAUCGGGUAUGUAGUAUAGCAUACUACGUACAGUGCUCGUACGACGAAACGUUAUCGACGUAUCGAUUUCGUCGCGAUAAGGACUGCGUCGCGUGGUUCGUCGAGGAACUCAACGGAUUGGCGCAUCGCGUAAAGAACAUCUUGUCCGACAUUGUAUGCAUGGUAGACCUAACGCGAGACGAGUGGGAGACAUUUCACAGCGCGACGAAAUGUCACAUAUGCGAACAACAGUUCGCGCCGAAUGAUAAUAAAGUACGCGAUCAUGCCACCUAACCGGGCGUUACAGAGGUCCGGCACACUCGACGUGUAAUCUGAAUUCUCACUUCAUCCCAGUAAUAUUCCACAAUCUGUCGGGCUAUGACGCCCACUUUAUUAUCAAGGAAAUAGAUGCCGCGUUCGAAAGCUCAAUCGAUGUACUGCCUAUAACAAAGGAAAAGUACAUCUCAUUUACUAAACACGUGAAAGACACCGCGGAAAAAUCUGAUUCGCGAAACGAUAUAAAGUUAAGAUUCAUC